GGCGGGACCUGGCAGGGUGGGGUGGAGCCUGCACGGCGACCCGGGGCCAUGUCUGCGCCGCCACCUCUGCAGAUCCGGGAGGCGAACGCUCACCUGGCGGCCGUACACCGGCGCGCCGCGGAGCUGGAGAGGCGGCUGCUGGCGGCGGAGCGCACGAUGCGUGCGCAGGCCGAGCGCCUGGCCUACCACGACCAGCAGCUGCGUGCGGCCCUAGACGAGCUGGGUCGCGCCAAGGACCGGGAGAUUUCUGCCCUCCAAGAGCAGCUGCUGAGCUCUGAGGCGACAGUUCGAAGCCUACAGGCCGCCGUGGACCAGAGGGACCAGAUGAUCCAGCAGCUACAGCCUCGUGCUGACCUGCUGCAGGACAUCACUCGACAGCGACCACCCCUGGCCGCACUGCUGGCCACCCUGGAUGAGGCAGAGGAACUGGGCCCCUUGCCAACCAUCCACAGCCAUGGAGCCCAGCUACUUGCUGAUGGGCCUGGCCCACCUCUGGGCAACAGCAUGGGGGAAGAGGAGGGCCAGGAUGACCAGCAGUGUGCUGUGUUUGGGACCACAGUGUGAGCUGCCUGGACAGAUCUCAGAAUGUGUGGUCAAGGCCCCUUGGGGAUUCCACCACGCUUAGAGUCCUGGACAUCACCAGUGUCCUAGAGGGGUCUUUAGACAUGACCAGGUUCCUAGCUAAACAUCAAAACAAGUGAAAAGUCAAGAUCUCAUUUACAACAGUUUCCCCCAGUGCUGGAGUAUCUACUACAUUCCACUGAUUUUAAAUAGUUUCAAAAACAAAAGAAGGCAAGUGGGUGGAACAUUCUCCACCAUGUGCGCAUAAAGCACAGAGCCAGGCGUCCCAGCAUCAGUGAGAUGGUGGGGACUGACCUCUCAUCUCCAGGUCUGAAGUCCUGUUUGUUUCCUGUUUGGUGUUUCCUGUUUGGUGCUUCCUGUCUCAGGAGUGUGGUGUGGAUCUCUGCUAGGUUGACAGGUCCUACCUGUGGGGACUUUAUUUGUAUUUUUGCUUGAGAUGGGGUCUCUCUCUGUAACCCAGGCUACCCUUGAAUCCUUCCACGUACCUUGAAUAUAGAUGUAAGCCACCAUGCCCUGCUGACGGGAGCCCUCCAUCCCUUUCAGUUCACUCACUGCCACCAUGCCCUGCUGACGGGAGCCCUCCAUCCCUUUCAGUUCACUCACUGCCACCAUGCCCUGCUGACGGGAGCCCUCCAUCCCUUUCAGUUCACUCACUGCCACCAUGCCCUGCUGACGGGAGCCCUCCAUCCCUUUCAGUUCACUCACUCUUGUGCCUCCUGAACCGUUCUUCAUCCCAAGCAGAAUCUCCUCUUUGUUUUAUGUUUCAUUGCUUCUGUGUAAGAAGACAAAUCAUUAACCUUGGAUCUCUCUCCCAUAGCUCUACCCUUCCUACUAGGAAGAACAGGUGGGUUGAGACACCACAACCAAGAGUUCCUCAGCCUUUGCACUAUCUGUUCCCUCUGCCUCGAUGUCUUUCCCUGGUCACACACUCUGUUCCUCCACACUCAGGUCUCCCUCAAAUGCCCCCUUCUGGAGGGGCCUUCCAGCUGGCGUCUCUGAAGUAAUUCCUGCCAGCUGGUCACUGCCUCCCUCGUACUGUGAUUGGUUUUUUUGAAGCUUAGUCUUGUGUAGCCCAGGGUGGCCUCUAAACUUUUCAUAUAGCUUAGGCUGGCUUUGAACUGGUUUGGUUUGGUUUGGUUUUUUUCGAGACAGGGUUUCUCUGUGUAGCCCUGGCUGUCCUGGAACUCACUCUGUAGACCAGGCUGGCCUCGAACUCAGAAAUCCGCCUGCCUCUGCCUCCCAAGUGCUGGGAUUAAAGGCGUGCGCCACCACUGCCCGGCGGCUUUGAACUUUUGAUCCUCCUGCUUCAGCAUCUCCAGUAUGACAAGCUUGUACCACCCACAGCCCCAUCCUGGGACCACCUUUCCAGUGGGAAGGCAGUGGCUAUGAAGCAGGGAAUUGUGUCUUCUGUCUCCAUCGGUGCCUAGCACAGCCCGGGAGGCCCUGCCUCAGCCAGGAGCCUCCUGGAAAGCUGAUGAGCCCUUCCUGGUUUCUAGGGACAACAGUGUUUUUGUAGCAAGUCUCCUUUUGAUACCCUAAGAGAAUCUAUUUUUUAAGUCCUGGUUUCUAUGCUGUCUAGGGCCUAGAUCACAGUGAGGGUACAUUGCCUUUGUCCCCACAAACCCUUGCAUCCAGAGGUAGUGUCUGUUGAGUUUUGUCCUGUGCUCAGGGAAGUUGUCCUUGAGCAGCCACCAAGAGAGAAGGUAGAGGCUGUUCCAGUCAGAAGGGCUUCCAGCCAUCCAGUCUGCCCAGAGUCUGACAGGGACCCUCAGCAUGGGAGACAGGCCCACUUUUUCUUGGGGAUGGAGAAGGGAGCAAUUUGUAUAGGGGAAGGCAGGCUAGGGCUUGUCUGCACCAGAAUAAACUGGAUGUUUCUCAGCCUGGA